UCUAAAGAAAAAAGACGAAAAAGUUUACCAAAACAAAACAUUGGACCCAACGUGAUAUCAUCAGGUGACGAUAGGAAAAGUGUAUCUCGAAAGUGUAGCCCCAAAUAUGACUCCAAAUCCGAAGCAAAAUAAACUUACGUCUGAUCAUCCGGAGGAAAACUCAGAACGGAACAACCAAGAGGAGCAGACAACAGAAGAGGAGGAAGAGUAUGCUGACGAUGACAUCGAAGUCUCGCUGGAUGAGUUCGAUUCCAUUAACAGCUACCUGGACUCGCUCAAUUCGGCACUGGAUACGAUCGAGCAGAGGAACGACGAUUUGAAGGCCCAGCUGCUGAACUUGUUGCAAUCGAACAGAGAAAUUCGCCAGUCUAUGCAGGAAGAAUAUUCCAAGCGGUCGGAGUCCUGUGGAGCGGUUCAUCAGGAGAGUACAAAGGAUGUAAUGGAGCAGUAAUGUUAUGUAUUCAUUUACCUGUCAAGCAGUAACAGCAGAAUGUUGUAACUAAUGAAUUUUGUCAGUAGAUCGAAACAGAUGUAUUUCAAAUAGUUCAUGUUGCUCUUGAGGUAAAAUUUUAUGUUAAGAGGAAAAUGCAUUUCCAAGGGACAGGAUUGUAAAUAAAACCACUUUAGUAUAGAUGUACACAA